AUGCUGUCUCACGCCGACCUCCUGGACGCCAGGCUAGGUAUGAAAGAUGCCGCCGAGCUUCUGGGCCACCGGGAGGCGGUGAAGUGUAGGCUGGGCGUGGGGGGCUCCGACCCCGGGGGCCACCCGGGGGAUCUAGCGCCCAACUCCGACCCAGUCGAGGGAGCCACUCUGCUGCCCGGGGAGGACAUCACCACCGUGGGCUCUACGCCGGCCUCGCUGGCGGUGAGCGCGAAGGACGCGGACAAGCAGCCGGGGCCCCAGGGCGGCCCGAACCCCAGCCAAGCCGGCCAGCAGCAGGGCCAGCAGAAGCAGAAGCGCCACCGGACGCGCUUCACGCCGGCGCAGCUCAACGAGCUGGAGAGAAGCUUCGCGAAGACUCACUACCCCGACAUCUUCAUGCGCGAGGAGCUGGCGCUGCGCAUCGGGCUGACCGAGUCCCGAUCCGACCGCUCUCCGGCAAAAUGCCCCAGCUUUGAUGCUUCCAAAGGACUGGAACUUUGGUGGUCAACCAAUGUGCCCAGAGCGGCUGCAGCGAUCCCCACAGCCUCGGAGCCUUGGUUUACCCCUCAAGAAACAGGGGGAAAGUGA